AUUUUUUGAUGCUUUCACUAAAAUCAAUAAAAUCCAUUAUUAAGAUAUAAAUCAUUUUUUAAAUACAAAAGUAUAGUAGUAAAACGAUCAACUAUACCUGUAUCAUACAAUUUUCACUCUUGGAGUUUUUGGUAUGCGACAGGGUCCAAAAAGAAAAAAAAAAUCCUGAUGAACGGACUUGAAAUCCCACCUGUGACUUUUUUCCACCCAAGAAAAAAAAAAAAGAAAAAAACUAAACGCGGCAAAGCAAGAAAACUAUUUCUUUCUCUUUUUUAUCCCUUAUUUUCAUCAGUAUACAACAAUGAGUGACAAGUUCCACUGUCGCAUGUACGAAAAUGAAUUCCCCCAAGUCGACGAUGUCGUCAUGGUCAACGUUCGACAAAUCGCUGAUAUGGGUGCUUACGUUCGUUUGCUCGAAUAUGGGGAUCGGGAAGGUAUGAUCCUUUUAUCUGAAUUAUCUCGAAGACGUAUUCGAUCAGUACAAAAACUUAUUCGUGUUGGACGUAACGAAGUUGUGGUCGUACUCAGAGUGGACGAAGAAAAGGGUUAUAUCGAUCUUUCUAAACGUCGUGUGACCCCUGAAGACAUUGCUCGAUGUGAAGAAAAAUUCAACAAAUCCAAGGCUGUACAUUCCAUUUUACGUCAUGUUGCUGAAAAACAUGAUCUUGUUCUUCAGGACCUUUAUGAAUCUGUUGGUUGGCCUUUAUAUAGAAAGUUUGGUCAUGCUUAUGAUGCCUUCAAAGUUGCUAUUGCUGACCCUGCUGCUGUUUUCGAAGGUAUUGAAAUGAAUGAUGCUGUUCGUACUGAAUUAAUCAACAACAUCAAACGUCGUAUGACUCCUCAACCCGUCAAGAUCCGUGCUCAACUUGAUCUUAGAUGUACUGGUAUGGAUGGUGUUUUGGCUAUCAAGGCUGCUUUGGAAGCUGGUGAAAAUGAAUCAACUCCUGAUGUACCUGUCAAGGUGACAUAUUUGGCAGCACCAUUAUAUGUUGUUACUGCAGAUGCCCUAGAAAAGUCUGUUGGAUUCAAUGUUAUGGAAAAAGCCAUUAAUGCUAUCAAGGAAAGUUUGGAAAGCCAUAAAUGGGCAAGAUUCAAGGUUGAAAAGGAAGCCAAAUUGGUAUCUGAAACAGAUGACAAGGACUUUGCUGCUCUAUUGGCUCAAGCUGAAAAGGAAAAUGAACUUGUUAGUGGUGAUGAAGAUGAAGGUGAUGCUGUAGCUGCUAGUGAUGAUGAUAUGUAGAAAUAGUCAUUUAUACAUAUUUAUAGUUUUUUUUUUUAUAUUUUCUCUCCCCUUAUAUGCCUCACUCAAUGUCAUAUACAUACAUAUACAUUCUUUGGAUUAUUUUACUCUUUUUCUUUUAUUGGUGUCUUUUAUUUUGAUUUUUUUUUUUGUCAUACACAUAACAUACACGUCUUGAAUAAAAAUGUACGAUACGAAACUUGAAACUAUCCUUAUUUUAAAC